ACCAAUAAACACAAACUUCAACAACAACAACAACAUAUUGAAUUGUUGUGGGUUAGAUCUGUGAAUAUUCCGGAACCUGCAGCGUUCAGCAAUGAGUGCAUCUUGCGUCGCAUGCCGGAUCCGUGGGUCCGGCAUGGUAGCGAUCUUCAAGCACCCAAAUGGACUGGACCAGAUGUUUACGUCCGUCACGGGAGUCGAGGUCGAAGAUGAAGAUCAUCUGUGUAUACCCUGCUACGAUGACCUAAAAGCUGCCCACCUAUUCAAACAAAAAGCUAUCCAAAACAACAUCCUCCGGAUAAGUCGUCCGACGGCUUCUACCAGGUCGGGUGAUAGUAAUCGUACGAGUAGACCGGAUGUCGAUCACAAAGAAAAUGUACUGAUAACAGAGAACUCCACCAAUCCGUCAGAGGAGCAAACAUCAAAUGUAGAGAUAACCACCACUUCUGCUACAGAGGCUGACAUUUUCGAGGAGCAUUUGAUAAUUCGAUCCGAUGAUGAUGAUGAUGAUGAAGAAGAGGAGGACUCGGAAAUGCAGGAGGAAAGCGAAGUCUUGGAGGUCAAAAUUGAUUUAGCAGAACUCCAAUCCACGGCUGAGCUUGAUCAGCCCACUUCCAGUGCCGCUCCGGAGCAACCCGUUAACAUUGGUUCUGAUGUUAAAGUAGUUCAGCAAUUUAAACUCGAACCAAUUCGGUGCGACGAGUGUGGAAAGUCUUUUUCUAAGACUACACUACUACAGAAACAUAUGCGGUCUUGUCACCAGUCCGAAUCGACAGACGAUAACGAACAGCUUGGCCCGGGAGCACUCGCUUCACUGCCGACCGUUCACAAUCUGAUGUGCGAAUAUUGUUUCCAGGAAUUUUCUAUUCUGAAAGAAAAAUACGAACACGAAACGGUUCACGCGACGGAAACUAAACCGUACAAGUGUCCGCAGUGCGAUGGUACUUUUAAGGAUAAAGUGGGUCUACGAAGCCACAUACGAAUUCAUUCUGCCGUGAAGCGGUUCAAGUGCCAAUACUGCGAGAUGCGUUUCCAUCAGCGGGGAAAUUUGACUGCUCACGAGCGGACCCACGUCGGUUCGAAACCAUAUCUGUGUCCGCAGUGCGGAAAGGGUUUCGCUGAAAGUGGCAAUCUAAAAAAUCACAUUCGCUAUCAUACGGGAGAGCGCCCGUACGCGUGCUCUGAGUGUCCCAAGCGCUUUCGGACCCAUUAUUCGCGGACGGUUCACUUUCGGUCGCACAACAACGAUCGUCCGUUUCGUUGCACCGAAUGUGACAAGUGCUUUUACUCGUCCGGGAAACUUAUCAUCCACCGGAGGGUCCACAGCGGUGAGAAACCGUACAAGUGUGGUACAUGUCCGGCCAAGUUUGCCGACAGUAGCGGGCUGAGGCGGCAUUCGAAGACACAUUGAAUAGUUUGAUCGAUUGGAAGUCAUCAAAAUUGAAUCAUUCAAUAAAUGUUUACCACCACGUAAAGCUUGGUGAAGAGUUAUUCUUGCGCAAUAUAUCUUGCGCAAUCAAAAUAA